AUGUGUGAAGAUGGAGACCCAGGAUCUGAUCACGAUCGCCUUCCGGGGAAGCCGUGGUGUGCUAGCACUACAUUUAAACUGACCCUUCCGCUCGUUGUUGUUCUGACGAUUGUUAUGCUUGCGCCUCAGGUUCAUUUUCUUUUUAACCUUGGGGCAACGGAUAUGAAGCUUACAAGUUCGAUUGCUGUUUGUCCGGCGUUGGCUAUGGCGAGGAACGUUACGUUUUAUACGGAUGAUGCCCUGGUUCCGACUCCACUACCUCCGGCUCAUGCAGCCUCAGAUGGACCGGAUAUUAUACACGUUUUUCAGUUAUUGAGCCGCUCGACUGUAUGGAAGAGUAUUGCAAACAUUACUUUUGAGGGCGACAUGUUUGAGCCUGAGGGAAUGGUACGUUUGGGCGAUGAUCGUUACGUGGUCAGUUCAGGGCAUUGGACCGUGCCGACUGAAAAGUACGGCAAGAUCAUCAAUGGAACAGACCGAACAGCUGGUGCUGGGCUAGCUCAUUUGUUGGUGUACAAUGGAGAAGGAAAGCUCCUAGCUGAUGCGACCAUUACGGAAGAGGGGAGUGAUGAGUAUCAUAAUGGAGGAAUUGACUUUGAUGGACAGUAUAUCUGGGGAACCAUCGCGCAGUACCGACCCAAUAGUACUGCGUAUGUAUAUCGGACAGAUCCAGCGAUCUUGGUACCGGAGCGCGUACUCAAUUAUAAUGAUCACCUUGGCGGCAUUGUUCACGACACUCGCGACAACCUUAUUACAGCCCUUAAUUGGGGCGCACGAGACGCUGCAACAUGGGAUCUCAAGAGCGCCGAAACAGGAUGUGAUGCAGCACCGAAACCUGAAAGAGUCGUACGAAAUCCAAGUUAUUUCAUCGACUACCAAGACUGCAAAUGGCUGGGCCACAGUGGUUUCUACGGCGGAAAGAGUGUCAUGCUGUGUUCAGGUGCCGCGACAAUUGGCGGUUACAACCUUGGCGGUAUUGCUCUCGUGGACGUCAAAACGAUGAUUCCUCUAGCUGAAGUUCCAAUUGAGCUGGAGAGUAAGCUUGGGGUGAGAUUGACUCAGAAUCCAAUGGAUGUUAGCGUCAGGGAUGCUCAGCCUUGA